AUGCCCCUGGCCGCCUACUGCUACCUGCGGGUCGUUGGUAGGGGCAGCUACGGGGAGGUGACGCUCGUGAGGCACCGGCGGGACGGCAGGCAGUAUGUCAUCAAAAAGCUGAACCUGCGAAAUGCCUCCAGCCGAGAGCGGCGAGCUGCCGAACAAGAAGCCCAGCUCCUGUCCCAGCUGAAGCAUCCCAACAUCGUCACCUACAAGGAGUCCUGGGAGGGCGGGGACGGUCUGCUGUACAUCGUCAUGGGCUUCUGCGAGGGAGGUGACCUGUACCGGAAGCUCAAGGAGCAGAAAGGGCAGCUUCUGCCUGAGAGUCGGGUGGUGGAGUGGUUUGUCCAGAUCGCCAUGGCCCUGCAGUAUUUACAUGAAAAACACAUCCUUCACCGAGAUCUGAAAACUCAAAAUGUCUUCCUAACGAGAACAAACAUCAUCAAAGUGGGUGACCUCGGAAUUGCCCGAGUGUUAGAGAACCACUGUGACAUGGCUAGCACCCUCAUCGGCACACCCUACUACAUGAGCCCUGAAUUGUUCUCAAACAAACCCUACAACUAUAAGUCUGAUGUUUGGGCUCUGGGAUGCUGUGCUUAUGAAAUGGCCACCCUCAAACAUGCUUUCAAUGCAAAAGACAUGAAUUCUUUAGUUUAUCGGAUUAUUGAAGGAAAGCUGCCACCAAUGCCGAAAGAUUAUAGCCCAGAGCUGGCAGAACUGAUAAGGACAAUGCUGAGCAAAAGGCCUGAAGAAAGACCCUCUGUAAGAAGCAUCCUGAGGCAGCCUUACAUAAAGCGUCAAAUCCACUUCUUUUUGGAGGCCACAAAGGCAAAAACCUCCAAAAAUAAUAUUAAAAAUGGUGACUCUAAAUCCAAGCCUGUUUCUUCAGUGGUUUCUGGAAAGCCUGAAUCCAAUCAUGAAGUAGUUCCUCCCCAACCACAGCCUGCUGAGGGCUCCAAGACAUAUGUAAUGGAUGAAGACAAAGGUUUAUCCCAGGGGAAACACAUAGUCAUUGACCCCCUGAAGACACCUGCAAGUCUGAAAGACCACACCUGCAAAGCAGACAUGAGCAGUACCACAGAAUCACCAGCUACCAUCAGCAGAGUGAACAUUGACAUCUUACCUGCAGAGAGGAACUUGAGCGACGGGUUAGUUCAAGAGAAUCAGCCAAGAUGCAGAAAUGCCUCUAAUGAGCUAGAAGGUAAAGGUAAUAUUUCUCAAGUGAAGGAGAAGCUGCAGGAUAACACUAAGUCCAGCACUCGACCUGGAAACCUAAUUUCUCCGUGCUCCGCUAACAGUGUCACUGGGGAAAGGAAAGAGAAGCCUCUGCAGCCCCUAAACAAAGACCGAAAGCCAGAGGCCCAGGAUCAAGUUGCUGGUGAGCGGAGUAUAGAAGAGCAGGACAGAAUCCACGCAGGUUUGCAGCCACACAGCUGUGGGUCUGAGCCUUCCCUGUCUCGACAGCGACGGCAGAAGAAAAGAGAGCAGAUGGGACACAGAGGGGAGAAAAGACAGUUCCGGGAGGCUCUGCCUCAACUUUUGCCUCCUCUUCUUGCUGUUGGAAAAGUGGAAGCCACAUCAACCCCAAAGGAUGCUGAAAACCAAAACAGAGUGACCCCUGAGUCUGUGAGCAGUUCCAGGAGCAGUGAGAUGUCAUCAUCAAAGGACCGGCCAUUAUCAGCAAGAGAGAGGAGGCGACUAAAGCAGUCACAGGAAGAGAGAUUCCCCUCAGGCCCUUCAGUGAGGAGAGCUUCUCUGAGUGCUCCGGGGCCAGGACAGCCACAAGAGGAAGGCCAGCUCACCCCUGCUCCAUGGUUGUCUUCUGACCAAAGCUGUGCUCAGAAAAGGAAACUUACCCAUUGUUUCUCUGAGGAGGAGUUAAGUUCUUCUACAAGUUCAACUGACAAAUCAGAUGGGGAUUCCAGGGAAGGGAAAGGUCAAUCAAGUGAAAUGUGUGAUUUGGUACAACUGAUGACUCAGACCCUAAAAUUGGACUCUAAAGAGAGCUGUGAGGAUCUCCCAGUGCCUGAUCCAGUGUCAGAAUUUAAACUUCAUCGAAAGUAUCGGGACACACUGAUACUUCAUGGGAAAGUUGCAGAACAAGCAGAGGAUCUCCAUUUUAAAGAGCUACCUUUAGCUAUCAUUCCAGGUUCUGAAAAGAUCAGAAGAAUAGUUGAAAUCUUGAGAGCUGAUGUAAUCCAGGGCCUGGGGAUUCAGCUUUUAGAGCAGGUGUAUGAUCUUUUGGAAGAAGAGGAUGAAUUAAAAAGAGAGGUACGUUUGCAGAAGCAUAUGGGUGAAAAGUAUACGACUUACAGUGUGAAAGCUCGCCAAUUGAAAUUUUUUGAAGAAAAUGUGAAUUUUUGA